AUGUUAAAUAACGCGAAUGUUGCUGCCAGUCAUGUUAUUAAUAUUAAUUUGCUGCAGUCGCUUUCGCAAGCCGUGAAUCCAUACCACAGGAAAUUUUACGCAUUUUUGUGCUUCAACGACGAUUCAGCUUACCGCCAGACGUUAUUGAAGAAAAUGAACUUUGCGACCUUUGGGAUUGCGGAUACGUCAAGCGCGAAUUUGCCGUAUGGACCGGAAUUCAGUAUGGCGACACUUUUGUUUGACUUGGCGUGCGAAGGGACGAGGAGUUUUUGGGAAAUGUUGGAUUUGGAGAUGAUGGUAACGAAUAAAAUUUUGCUGUGGAAUGUUUCGAAGGAGCAGCACGAGAUGAUUAAGCGGAAGGAAGGGCUUGAAGGUAUCAUUGAAGUGUAUUUGGUGGAGGAGGAACAAGUUGAUAAAGAGAUUUUGGUUACAAAAGUGACAAAGAAGGAAUUCCAUCGUAUUCCUCAAUUCAUACCUUUCGCUGUCUGGACGAACGAAACCCUUCAAAUUCUUCAACCGGCAUCAUCUUUCAUCUCGCGCGACCGUUACGACUUACAAGGCGCCUCCAUUCGUGUUUGCAUCGUCAUCCCAACGCCAGACACUCGACAUCACCUGGCCGAUGGCGUCGAUCGUCACAUUGACACGAACACCAAGCAUUCGUACUUUGUCACGCUCGAACUGCUGGAAUUUCUCAACGCCACUCCCGUUUAUUCGUACGAGACCAUUUGGGGUUACUUUAACAAGUCAUCGAACUCGUGGAACGGAAUGAUCCAAAAAUUGAUAAACCGUGAAACGGACAUCAGUGGAACGGCAAUUUGGGUAACGGCGAAUCGCGUGUCGAUUAUUCAGUACGUUUAUCGGACGUCAGCUGCCGAUGUUUGGUUUUUGUUCCAGAAUCCGCGAUUGUCGUUCACGGACAAUCUUUUUUUGCUGCCUUUUUCGCAGGUCACGUGGAUUUGCGCUUUUUUGCUGGUUCCCGUACUUGCCGUCGGCAUCACCUUCAUUCGGUAUUACUCGGAAGUGAAAAUUGAAAGACAGCGAGAAGAACAAAAGGCGGAAUUGGGAGAAUCUUUCUACAUGAUUUUGACAAUUGUCUGCCAACAAGGAUUCACAAACACCAUUCACAGCAUUAGUGCGCGACUUUUGAUGUUUUUCUCGUUUUUUACCUUGAUGUUGUUGUAUGUGAGUUAUGCAGCAAGUCUUGUGGCACUUCUUCAAUCAUCGAGUAAGAGAAUUAAUUCGCUGCAAGAUUUGCUCGAGUCCAAGAUGAAGCUAGGAGUGGAAGAUGCGGCUUAUAAUCGGAUUUAUUUUGCGAUGCAACGUGACCCCAUCAAAAAAGCCAUUUAUGAACGGAAAGUUAUCAAUCGAGACGGUACGAAGAAUUUCAUUCCAGUGGAAAAAGGAAUUGAGAAAGUACGGAACGAGUUGUAUGCUUUUCAUACAGAAGUUGGGAACGCAUAUCGAUUUAUUACCGAAUCUUAUAACCAAAAUGAGAAAUGUCGUUUAAAUCGUUUAAAGUAUUUGGAAGUUGAUUCGCCGUACCAUUUGAUAAGAAAAAAUGCAACUUAUAAGGAAAUUGUAACAGUGGCUUUAUCCCGCAUCACCGAGCAUGGCAUCCUCAAAAAAGUAACGGAACCAUUUUAUGCCGAGAAACCCGGCUGCACGGGAUCAUCUGUGAAAUUUUUCGCCAUCAACUUGCACGACGUCCAACCAGCCUUCAUUUUCUUGGGUUCCGGCUACGCAAUUUCACUCCUGAUUUUUGUCAUGGAAGUUCUUAUUGCCCAACAUCACAAACGCAAAAAAUUAAACAGAGUCGAAGUAGAGGAAUUGGAGGAAAUUGAAUAG